AUGUUAGCAUCUUUGGGGCCUGGACUGGCAACAUUAUCGCCCAUCAUCGUUGGACUACAGGCUCUGGCCCUUGCAGCGCUCGUUUUAUGGCUCGUGCUUUACCAUGGUAGCCAAGUCGCAGACGCCCCGAAGGCGAAGAAGGGUGCCAACAAGUCUCGUGCUCACAUCGGCAAUGAGACUAGCAUUGCAGACGAGUUUCUGUCGUUCGACGAAGACCCGUUCAGCCUCGUGCACUUCCACGUCUGCCUCCCCUCCGGCCACACUCGCAGCAAAAAGCUAAAGCCCAGCUCUCGACCACCGCGCACCCAGCCAGUCGAACUCGUUUUCCACUCCUCAUGGCUGUUCACCCCAGAGGCCCUAUCGCUUCAUAUAAGUCGCGACGGCGUCUCUGCAUUCCGAGGCAGCUAUCUGAACCAGUUCCUUCCAGACGGCGAAGGCAACCCUAGGUACUUUGCAGUCCAUGAUGGAGGCGCCAUUCGGCUGCCGCCUAAUCCUAUCACUGGCCGUGAUACUAAUAAUAGGCAGUCCGGCGAGAGCUGGCAUCGCCUAUUAACUGUCAUCGCCGUCGUAGCCUCACUGACAAGCAUUGCGUUGGGAAUCGCCGAGAGGUUUGCCUCUGGCAGCAACAGCAACGACGGCCUCAGCCAGUUUCUCUGGCGGCAGGCCGUCGAGACUCAGCCACUUGAGCUUUGGGACUAG